AUGAUUAUUUCUCUGGAAGCCAGACGUGAGAGAUUAAAAGUGCGUGAGAGUUUAAAGGAGAAAAAUACCCUUACACAAAAACAAAAGGAGUUAGAGAGUUCUCUGAAGAAACUUGAUGUUUUGAAAAAAGAGUGUGAUAAAGACAGUGAGGCCAUUACUGCUGCUGAAAAUCAUUUUCAUGCUGUUACUGCAGGUGUAGGAGAUGAUGGGGAGGAAGCAAGUCUUUCUGCACAGUUGAUUGCUGCUGGUAAAGAUAAGAAAUCAGCUGAAACAGAGGCAAAGUCUCUUGAAAUGUCUAUAAAACACAUAAAAAAUGAGUUGGCUAAAAAGGAAGCUGAAAACAAAAAGGUUGACAAGAGUUAUUCUCAAGAUCAAGCUAGAUAUCAAAAAUUAGUGGAAGAAGUUCAGAAACUAAAAAAAGAGAUUUCUAAGUUGGGCUAUGAAGAAGGUAAAUAUGAAAUCUUAAUCGCUCAAGCAAGGAAACUAAGUUCAGAGCUUGAAAGACUCAGAGAUGAGAUGGAAGCCUUCUUUCAUAGGUUAGUUAGAUUAAAUUCAAUAAAUUAUAACAUUAGUUUUUGUUUAUUAACUGUAA